CCUUGACCAAUCAGGGGAUAGCGGGGAACCGUUGAGGUUUGAAUAGUUCUCUGAAAACAGCGGCAGAUGACAGCAGCUUGUUGCGCUUGCAAACAUUUGUAAGUAAGUUAGUGAGCUAAAUUAGCUUCGUCACAUCACCCGAAACAAUUUUCCGGACUUCAGCUUUGAAGACUAUCAACUGAAAAUGUCGAAAAAACAGAUUUACUAUUCUGACAAGUAUAACGAUGAGGACUUCGAGUACAGGCAUGUGGUGCUUCCAAAGCAGCUGUCUAAACUGGUGCCCUCCUCCCACCUGAUGACAGAAGAUGAGUGGAGGGGAUUGGGGGUGCAACAGAGCCAGGGCUGGAUUCAUUACAUGAUCCACAAACCAGAGCCACACAUACUGCUUUUCAGAAGACCUCUCCCAAAGGAUUAAAUGGGACCAUCUGUAAAAGGCCGGCUAUCAUCUUUGCUGAUUUGUAAUGUCUUUGAACCAUACAUCUCUCCUACAUAAAUAUCUACAUAUGUUCUGAUGUAUUGUGUAGAAAACCCUUAGUUGCAUUGUUUGGUCUUGUCAAAUUCCCUCAAUUUUUAGAGGUAAUGUGAGGCAAACGGCUUGAUUCCACUGUGAAUGAUAACCUUA